AUGACUUCAACUGUUCACGUAAAUACAAAGUCGCUUCCACCGAACGUGUUUGAUUUACAACACGAAGAUUUCUACGACUUCGUCGAAAUGCAUGUGAGAGUUCUUCAAGCGAAAAUUCUUCAAUUCCAACUGAUCAGUGAUGCCGCCACCUUCAUUGAAUGUCAAGAUCCAACAGAAAUCCUUCAGUAUAACAGUGAACGCCUCGGUGAUUUAAAACAGAAAGCUUGUCUGACGACAACUAGCGGAACGUGCAUUAUUCUGCCAGGUAUUUUGGCUUCAUUUAAAAUCCUGAAGAAGUGCCUUCUCAAGAAAAUUGAAGAGAACAAGAAAAAUAGAAACAAUCCAAUUAAUUCUUCUACACCAACUCCGACACCAGGUGCAAGUCGUGCGAAAUCAACUGAUGAACACCGAAACUAUAUCUCAACGACUAUUAAUCAAUGGCUUCGAGCUCAUCAUGAUGAGCUCAACCUCAAGAAAAAUGUUUCCCUUGAAGCAAAUGUGGACUAUCAGGUCGAAUUUACGAGUACAAACAGUGGCAACGAUUCAGUAGCAAUCAUAUGCGGAUGUGGUGCCAAAGCAACUUUAAGUCGUGCCAACAAUACCGGAUAUUUUCAAAUUUCCAAUUACUACCGUCAUAUCGAACGGGGAAGUUGUUCGAUGAUACUGAAGAAGACAAAUGAGAAACCUCAUCAAGACACAAGUGACGAAGAAAACGACGACAUUACGCGUUCGAAUAGUUCCGAUGUUACACCGAAAUCACCAUCAAUCGAUGUAAAUCGGAGUAAAACGUCCUCUAAGAGACGUUUAUCUACGUCUGGUCCUGCAACUGGUCGCCGCUCGAAACGCCGACGUUCAUAG